GAAAGGCUGUAUAAAAGCCAGUGCCCAGCCGUGCACUGAUACAACCUCGCAGGUAUUGAGAGGGCUUUCGCUUCUAACACACGAUGGACUAAAAGAAAAACUUAUUUCUGUAAGCACACAACCAGACAGAACUGCGAAGCACAGUGUGACAAGAAGGAUAUCUUUAAAUAAUGAAGUGAAAAGAAGAAAUAUCAUUCAAAUCCAUGAAUUCAUAAAGUGUGCAAAAGUGGCCAAGCGACUUCAUAUACUACAAGCAAAUGAAAACUUCAUGAAGUAGCAAAGGUCAUGCAAAGACUCCGAAAUGUGUGCUCAGAACAUAUGCAUUGGAAAUGCUGUCAUAGAAAAACAAGUUUUUCAUGUGAAAGGAAUGGAAUCCUAAUGAGUGGAGUAAGCCGCACUACGUUAAAAGUAAGGUAAACGUGUAUAGUUUAUACUGAGUCUUAGAUGAGGGAAGUGUUUGUGAAUAUAUUAAAAUAUGUAUGUUGAUAAAUUGCUAACAGAUCGCCAGCCAUUUAAACCGAAUUCCUCUUUUGUAUGUGUAUAAAACAUGUCAGUAAACUUGAAAAAAAGUUCGUCUUAAAACGAUAACCAUUUCCCCCCGUGAAGAUAGAAGCGAAAGAGCUUUAAGUUCAGGGAUGGAGCAGUCCAGGGAGUUAAAACCAAUACCAGUCUUACCCGACCAAUCUUGGACAACGAAUGCAUUUAAUUAUACAAAUGGGAAUAACAGUAAUGACACUAAGGAAGACGGAGUCGGGGACGUGGUUGUUCAAACCGGUUUAGCAAUAACGCUAUCACUUUUAACUCUCGCUACAAUGCUGUGCAAUGGAUUUGUGAUUGUUACUAUUUAUCAAACUAGAAAGCUACACACGCCUGCAAACGUCCUUAUUGGUUCGCUGGCCGUCACAGACCUUUUAGUAUCCAUUUUGGUGAUGCCUGUCAGCGGUGUCUACACAGUGAGUGGCACUUGGACUUUAGGACAAAUCGUUUGCGACAUCUGGCUGUCCUCAGAUAUCACAUGUUGCACUGCAUCGAUACUUCACUUGUGCAUAAUUGCCUUGGACCGGUACUGGGCAAUAACUGAUGCAGUUGAAUAUUCCAGGAAGAGGACGCGGGGAAGGGCAGCCGGGAUGAUUGCAGUGGUCUGGGUCAUUGCAAUCUCCAUAUCGCUGCCGCCUUUGUUCUGGCGUCAUGCUAAAGCUGACGAGGUCACUUCAUGCAUGGUGAACACUGAUCACAUUUUUUACACACUCUAUUCCACCUUUGGAGCGUUCUAUAUCCCGACGUUACUGCUGCUUAUUCUGUAUGGGAGGAUCUACGUGGAAGCCCGAGCUAGGAUUCUAAAACAGGCACCGAAAAAAUCAGGCAAAAGACUGACAUCAGCGCAUUUACUCACCGACUCACCUGGAUCAGCAGCUUCAACGACGCUCCUGACAUGCAGAGCACAAGAAACCUCCUCUGGUGACACCGGCGCUCCAGUGUGCCUAAACCACCACGUCCAGGUGACAGUGUCUGAUGCGCUUUUGGAAAGGAAGAGGAUCUCGGCUGCAAGGGAACGGAAGGCCACUAAAACUUUGGGUAUCAUUUUGGGAGCUUACAUUAUAUGCUGGUUGCCCUUCUUCAUUAUAACCCUGGUCUACCCUAUCUGUACGACUUGCUGGUUCCACCCAGCCCUCUUUAACUUUUUCACCUGGCUGGGUUAUAUAAACUCUUUAAUUAACCCUAUCAUUUACACCAUGUCGAACGAGGAUUUCAAACAUGCUUUCCAGAAACUAAUGCGCUUUAGAUGCUGCACCUCGUGAUCAGCCGGUGUAGAUUGCAGUUCAUUGAAAACGUUUAUUUCCGUUUCUAAAGUUUAACAGUCGCCGCAGUUAAAUAAUGUUGCACGCUUUUUGCAGCUGCUCUUGGUAACGCAGAUUUGAAAACCCAAGCAACAUCUGGAUCGUCUUAUUCAUUUCAAUAGAAAUACCUGUCGGCACACCGUUUAGUGUUUCAUUUGGAGUCGAACAAGCAUGUAGUAGGCUACAUAUGCCAUUGCGUUAAGAUGUCUCAGCUUUGUGAUACAACUUCCAGCCUCUUUAGAAAACUGUGCUCUUGGAAACAUUUAUUUGGACAAACUAAGAAAAGUAACUGUAAACACAAACAUGUAAUAGUAGGAAAACCAACAUUACAUUGUUUGUGUAAUUAAUGACGUCAACAUGUUGUUCCAUGCUUACCAGGUAAUCAUUUAUUAAAAAAAAAAAAAUCCUAAAAUAUUAAAUGUGUGUAUUUGGAACAGUUGUAUUUAUUCCCAUAUUUGUGAUGUUUGAAAAGGUUUUGUGAUAAAUUAUGUUUCG